AUUGAUUCCCAUACCAAAACAACGAGGUCCGGAUUUCCUGGUUGCGGUGCCAUUGACCAGCGGACGGUUGAUCACCGUACUCUCACACAAUGGUUGGCCCUAGGGGAAUGCGGGUCCUCCCGGCAAUGCUCGUCGCGCUGAUUCUCGUCUCGGCAUCCCGAGCCCAAGACACGAUCGACUUCGGUUUCUACCCCAAGGGAGCGCAAGAGUGCAUGUACAAGGCGGCCGAUGACUCAAAGUGCCAGUCAAAAACUGUGGCUGCGACGAACUCAUGUCUCUGUCGAAACGGGGGCAAUUUCAUCACAAAUGCGGCUGCCUGCAUCGGCCAAUCGUCUGCCGGCGACCUGGAAACGGUCUACAAGACCAUGAGAGAUGCAUGCGGGAAUUCGGAUACGCCCAUCAGCAUCACAGAGGACGAGUUCAUGGCAGCUGCGAACGCUGUGACAUCGACCACCUCGACGGCUGGGCCAACCACAACCAGCACAUCAAGCCAAAGCAGUACCACCACAGGCACAAAUGCUUCAACCACCUCGAACGCCAGCACCGGCACGGCCACCAGCACAGCAGCACCAGCUGACGGCCAGAAAGAGGGGGAGGAGGAAGAAGGCGGCGGCGGCCUUAAAACGGGCGUCAUGGCGGGGAUCAUCGUCGGCGGGGUCGGGGCAGCGGUGCUGCUCGGCGCGCUCGCCUUCUUCCUCUUCCGGCGGCGGAGGAAGCUGGGCGAGGAGUCGCACCCGAUGCUGCCACAACAGGGACAGCCGUCGGUCGCGGCGGGACAUGAGUCGACGGCAAUGCAUAAUAGCGCAUACUACAGCAGCCCUCCCAGCACGGCAGGCUGGCCAAAAAAGGACUGGCAGGGACCAUCACCCGAUCUCCGCAGCAGCGGCUUCAAUUGGGAAUCGCCAGCGCACCUGUCGUACCCAAGCGGUGGUGGAUCGCUGGCCCCGUCGCCGCCGCUGCCGCCACAGGAAUUGGACGGUGCUCAGUACGUUGCGCCUACGGGGUCGACGCAGGCGCCCGCUGAGAUGCCGGGAGAGACAGCCGCCGUGGCGACGGCGCCGGGGAGUGCGCAGUACCGGCCAUACAACCCUGGCCAGCGAUAUCCUGCGUCUGGAUAAGACUCAGCCGCAGAGGUAGCGCGGGGGUGAGUUCGUGGGGUGGUACGAAGCGGCGGUGAAACCGGAGAGGAUUCACCGGGCAGCGAGAAGGACGCAUACCUUAAUGAAUGUAAUCAUGAUAAAUGUACAUCGGUAUGGUAUGUACAAUACAGUACGUAGGCUUGGAUCUGGGCGGUCAAACACACGGCGGCGUUGGCUUCUUUUUUUUCUUUUCCUGCAGCGCGGGGGUUCGGAUGGCGGUCACAAGGACCAAUGCUUGGAACUUCUGGAAGUGGGCGCGGCGCUUGGUCGGAUGGCCUACUGGCGAUGGAGGGACGGAUGAGUGCGUGCAGCAAAGCUUCUGCCGGUUUAGUUAGAUGGUUUUGAAUUCGAUGAUACCCUGAUCCGACUAUCGCAGGUGCGGGGUCCUUUCCACAAA